UGGUCUUGUUUACUCGAGGGGAUACACCGCCCGGCCUUGGGUCCCUGGCAACCGCUCCGUUGCUGCGCUGUUGACAACCGGCAGCUGCCGCAGACGAACGCGCCAUGGACUUCGAGGGCCUCAAGUACUUAACUGGCUUUGGCAGUGAAUUCACCUCUGAAGAUCCAAGGUGUCCAGGAGCCCUGCCACAUGGGCAAAACAGUCCUCAGAAGUGUCCUUAUGGACUGUAUGCAGAACAGUUAUCUGGCUCUGCAUUUACAGCUCCAAGAGAAGGAAAUAAGAGAUCUUGGCUAUAUCGUAUCCGGCCAUCAGUCAUACAUGAACCCUUUCAAGCAUUUGCAAAAAAACACUUUGGGAAUAAUUGGAAUGAAAAUCCACCAAACCCAAACCAGAUGAGAUGGCUACCAUUUGAUUUGCCAAGUGAUGAUCAACAAGUUGAUUUUGUCGAAGGUCUUCAUACAGUCUGUGGAGCUGGUGAUCCUCGAACAAGACAUGGAAUAGCUAUACAUGUAUAUCUAUGUAACAAAUCAAUGGGAAACAAAUGCUUUUAUAAUUCAGAUGGAGAUUUUCUUCUGGUGCCACAGCAAGGUGUACUGUAUAUUACAACAGAAUUUGGGAAAAUGACUGUUUCUCCAAAUGAAAUCUGUGUCAUCCAGCAAGGUAUGAGGUUUAAUGUGCAUGUUACCAAACCAUCACGAGGCUAUAUACUGGAAGUUUUUGAUAAUCAUUUCCAGCUCCCAUACCUAGGACCUAUUGGUGCAAAUGGUCUUGCCAAUCCACGGGACUUUCUCACACCUGUUGCAUGGUUUGAAGACCGUUCAGUUGAAGAAAGUCAGUACCGAGUUAUUAGUAAAUUCCAAGGACAUCUGUUUGUUGCUCAGCAAGGGCACAGCCCUUUUGAUGUCGUUGCAUGGCAUGGGAAUUAUGUCCCAUAUAAAUAUGACUUGUCUCUCUUCAUGGUUAUCAAUGCAGUGCAGUUUGAUCAUUGUGAUCCAUCGAUCUUUACUGUACUUACUUGCCCUUCAAACAAACCAGGAACAGCUAUUGCUGAUUUUGUCAUAUUCCCACCUAGAUGGUCGGUGCAAGAACAUACAUUUCGUCCUCCUUAUUAUCACAGAAACUGUAUGAGUGAAUUUAUGGGUCUUGUCAUGGGCAACUAUGAAGCAAAGGAAGAAGGCUUCCUGCCUGGUGGGGCUUCUCUUCACUCAAUGAUGACACCCCAUGGACCUGAUACACAGUGUUUUGAGGCAGCAUCAAAUGCAAAACUUGUCCCUUGUAGAGUGGCAGACGGAACGCAGGCCUUCAUGUUUGAGAGCUCACUUAGUCUGACAGUAACAAAAUGGGGAGAAGAGACAUGUCAAAAAUUAGAUGCUUCAUAUUAUAAGUGCUGGCAGACACUUAAAAAACACUUUAAUCCAAAAGAAAAAGAACCACAGUAGAUGUUUUUACAGCUGUGGUAAUUCAUUCAUAAGCAGAAGCUGUAAACCAAUGUUUCUGUAAAAUUGUGUUUCUAUAAUUAUGUCACCUUCAUUGUUGGUGCUGGCCUCUACCUACACUAUGAAAUAUAUUGUACUAAUCACUCAAACAAUAUACUUACCUAUGGUGUAAUUGAUCUGCUUGCCAUAACUCAUGAAUGCAACUGCAAACAGCACCAAUGUACUGCAAAUGAUGAAUUAAUAUUUCUUAUGGAAUUUGACACCCUAUUUCAUUCUAUAUGUAUCAGAAAGUAGCUCUGAAAUAUGCAAAGUAAAAAAUAAAAAUAAAUUUUAUUGUUUGUAAAUAA